AUGACCAGCCAAGGCAUAACCUCCAGUGAUAGUAGCACAUCUGUCAAUACUAGAUCCAGUGUAGCCUACAGUAGGCCUAGUACAGCCUCCAAAACUAAACCCAGUUCAACUGCAGGUCGUACCAGUACAGCUGCCAAUAAUGAAUCCAGCAUAGUCUCUGGUGGUACAAGUACAGCCUUCAGUACUGGAUCCAGUGGAACCCCCAGUGGAACCAGGACAACCUCCAGUACUGGACCCAGCAUACCUGCCAACAAUGGAGCCAUGACUUCCAGUGGGACCAACACAGUCUCCAAUACUGGAUCCAGCGUGACCCCCAGUGGGACCAGCACACCUGCCAGCCCUAACUCUAGCACAACCCCCAGUGGGACCAGCAUAGUCUCCAGUAUUGGAUCCAGCGUGACCCCCAGUGGGACCAGCACACCUGCCAGCCCUAACUCUAGCACAACUCCCAGUGGGACCAGCAUAGCCUCCAGUAUUGGAUCCAGCGUGACCCCCAGUGGGACCAGCACACCUGCCAGCCCUAACUCUAGCACAACCCCCAGUGGGACCAGCAUAGUCUCCAGUAUUGGAUCCAGUGUGACCCCCAGUGGGACCAGCACACCUGCCAGCCCUAACUCUAGCACAACUCCCAGUGGGACCAGCAUAGCCUCCAGUAUUGGAUCCAGCGUGACCCCCAGUGGGACCAGCACACCUGCCAGCCCUAACUCUAGCACAACCCCCAGUGGGACCAGCAUAGCCUCCAGUAUUGGAUCCAGCGUGACCCCCAGUGGGACCAGCACACCUGCCAGCCCUAACUCUAGCACAACCCCCAGUGGGACCAGCAUAGCCUCCAGUAUUGGAUCCAGCGUGACCCCCAGUGGGACCAGCACACCUGCCAGCCCUAACUCUAGCACAACCCCCAGUGGGACCAGCAUAGUCUCCAGUAUUGGAUCCAGCGUGACCCCCAGUGGGACCAGCACACCUGCCAGCCCUAACUCUAGCACAACCCCCAGUGGGACCAGCAUAGUCUCCAGUAUUGGAUCCAGCGUGACCACCAGUGGGACCAGCACACCUGCUAGCCCUAACUCUAGCACAACCCCCAGUGGGACCAGCAUAGCCUCCAACACUGGAUCCAGUGUGACCUUCAAUGGGACCAGCACACCUGCCAGCCCUAACUCUAGCACCAACCCCAGUGGGACCAGCAUAGUCUCCAGUAUUGGAUCCAGCGUGACCCCCAGUGGGACCAGCACACCUGCCAGCCCUAACUCUAGCACAACCCCCAGUGGGACCAGCAUAGCCUCCAACACUGGAUCCAGUGUGACCUUCAAUGGGACCAGCACAACCUUCAAUUCAACGACGGGAGGGAAGCCCAGAGGGUCCCUGAAGCCAUGGGAAAUCUUCCUCAUCACUCUGGUCUCGGCUGUAGUGGCUGUGGGAUUCUUUGCUGGGCUCUUCUUCUGUGUGAGAAACUCCGUGUCCCUGAGAGAAGUUUUUGACCCAGCUGUCUACCACCCCCAUGGCUCCCACAUUGGCCUAGGUCCUGGAGGGAAUCACGGAGUCCACCAUAAGCCUAGGUGGAGCCCUAACUGGUUCUGGAAGAGACCAGUAUCUUCAAUUGCCAUGGAGAUGAGAGGGAGACACAACAGGCCCUGA